AUGCUUUAUGUUGCAGAUGCAGCUAAACUUGACUUAUAUUCAGACGAGCAGACAUCAGCGAAAAGAUUCUGUAAUGCAUUUGCUGAGGCCAUAUGGAAAAUUCUCAAGCAAAAAUAUCGCAAAACACUUGUAGCAAUUGAUAAACAUGGAGUAGUUAAAUUUGUUGGACCGUUAUCAGAAGAUAUUUUUGAUGAUCUGUUGAAACUUUACCCAUUUUGGGAAAUGAAAAAAUUGCACCAAAAGUGA